AAGGUUCUUCGUGGCACUCCAACCUCCUUUCAGAGCCCGGGAAGCUGAGGGGACAGGGGUCGGACCCCCACUCUCCCCGGGAACACCCCGCACCGGGAGCUCCCCUCACCCAGCGCCGCGGAGCUACCACGGCGGCUGCGCAAGCGGCGCCUUCCCGCCCGCCGCUGCGUUACCUCACGGCAUGGCGGCGGUGAAGGACGUGGAGAUCGACCCCGAGGGCACUUUCAAGUAUAUCCUGGUGCGCCUGCAGCGCCCGGGAAGCGAAGAGAAACGGGAUAUCGUCCGGGGAACCAAAGCAGCCGAGUUUCACAAUCACAUCUUUGAAAAAGUAAAUCCAGAGAUGGAAAAGCUGGGAUACGAGUGCAAGUGCCUUGGAGGAGGGAAAAUUGACCAUAACAGCAAAGACAAAAAAAUUAGGGUAUUUGGGCUCUCUACAGGCUAUGGGAAAGCAGAUCACUCAGUGACUGUAGAGAUACUGAAAAAAACGUAUACAGAUUAUGAAAUUACAUGGUCAGAUGACAAGAAGUAAACCUGCCACCUAUGAACACCACAAGCAGCUCAAAACUGGUACCUCUGAGCUGUACGUUGAUAAAUAAAGUAUCUUCUAUGUACAUUGCCAUAAA